CCCUCUUCUCUCUCUAUAAUUUUGUCUCUUCCAUGUUGACGUUGUUACGACGUCAACACAGGGAAGGGCAGCUUUUGGAUAAAACCUUUCUUUAUCUUCUCCAUCCCGUUAAACAUUAAAUCAAAAAGAUCUUAAACCCAGAAAUCAAAUUCUCCUCUUCCUAAGAAAAUAAAAGUAAAAUCCCAUAAACCCUCGUGUCCUCAUUCAUUUCAUCUCUCUGAAGCUACAUAUUUCGAUUCUAAUCCCAUUGUCAUUGCCUGCAAUCUGACAUUUUUUAGUGGGCUUCAACGUUUCCGAAACUCUGGGGAUUUGGGGUUUUGUUAGUUGUCCAAAAAUCAAAACUUGUUCCUUACUUGGCGAAGAAAGAUGUCGAUAUGGCCCAAAAGUGGAUCAAUUCACAUAAGGGAAGUUUGGGGCGAGAAUCUGGCUUGUGAAUUGGAGUUAAUUCGAAAUAUCGUGGAUGAUUUCCCUUACAUUGCUAUGGACACUGAGUUUCCGGGUAUUGUUCUACGCCCGAUAGGCAAUUUUAAGAGCAGUUCUGAUUACAAUUACCAAACGUUGAAAGCAAAUGUUGAUCUUUUGAAAUUGAUUCAGUUGGGUCUUACUUUCUCUGAUGCCAAAGGGAACUUACCUACUUGUGGAGCUGAUAAAUAUUGCGUUUGGCAAUUCAAUUUCUGUGAAUUCGAUCCCAAUGAGGAUGUUUAUGCUAUUGACUCCAUUGAGCUCUUGUCUCAAAGUGGCAUUGAUUUCAAGAAGAACAAGGAAAAGGGUGUUAGUGCUCAUCAAUUUAGUGAACUGUUAAUGUCAUCUGGGAUUGUGUUGAAUGAUAGUGUGCAUUGGGUGACUUUUCAUAGUGGUUAUGAUUUCGGGUAUUUGCUUAAGUUGCUUACUUGCAAGAAUCUUCCUGAUACGCAAACAGGGUUCUUUAGUUUGAUCAAGGUAUAUUUCCCUACUCUUUAUGAUAUCAAGCAUCUGAUGAAGUAUUGCAAUAGCCUUCACGGUGGGUUGAACAAGCUUGCAGAGCUGCUAGCGGUGGAGAGGAUUGGUAUUUGUCACCAAGCUGGUUCGGAUAGUUUGCUUACUUCUUGUACAUUUAUGAAAAUGAAAGAAAAUUUCUUUAGUGGGUCGCCAGAGAAAUAUGCUGGUGUGUUAUAUGGUCUCGGUGUAGAGAAUGGACAGAAUACUGCUUAAAUAUAAAAAAAUUAUGAAAUAAAUUCUAGUUGUUAUACUUUGGGUUCCAUUUGCAAUUUACUUCUACCCUCUGAUCUCUUAUCAUCAGCCUAAUUUAGACACCUCACUGUCCUUUCUAUCAUCAUGGAUAUAUUAUUGUGAUCCAAUUUAUGACAUUUGAUCGACCUGUUAUAUACUUGGUCGUUUUAUUCUUUUUGGUUAUCAAAGAAAUGAAAAAUGCAUGUGAGUGAGAGAGAAAGUGAGGAGGGAUAGAAAAAAAAAAUGUUUCAGAAUGGUCAAGGGACAAGGCUUUCUUCUCCUGAGAUUUUCUGUCUAAUUGUAAGCUUACUUUCCAGAAUCCUGAUAAAGAUAUGGUCUGGUCUGGUCUUCUGAGUAAUUCCUUUCAAAAAGAUAGGUAGAAGGAUAAUUUCAUGGUGGUUGAGCUAUUCCGAUGUGUUUGUUUACCGAUAGGGUAACCUUAUCCAAACGUGUAAAAUAUGAUCAAAUAUCUACUCGAUUCUCUUUCUUUCACUGCAAUUGUUUCAUCGUGUCUCAGUUCAACAGCCCCAAUUCGGUUUUGCCAAGGAGUAGCUGUGAGGUAACUUGGCGAUAGUUGAUUCUAAAGACUGCCAUUUUGCUGAGCAGAUGCUGUAUCAAGAUUGCAGACAUAUCAGGUUAUUGUUAAUCAAACUUUAAGAAAAGCAAAAAUAAACUGCAAGAUU